AAUGAUGUAGACAGAAUGGAAAAGUACAGGUCUAAGAUCAACAAAGUGGGAGUAAAAUAUGGAAUCGCUCCAGCUCUCAUUGCUGCCAUCAUCUCCAGAGAGUCCCAGGCUGGAUAUACGUUAAUUAAUGGCUGGGGAGACCAUGGAAAAGCCUGGGGACUGAUGCAGGUUGAUGUUACUCCAAACGGAGGUGGACACACUAAACGUGGUGGUUGGGACAGUGAGGAACACCUCUGUCAAGGCACCGAGAUCUUGGUUCAUUUUAUCGGACGCAUCCGCAACAAAUUUCCUAGCUGGAGCACGGAGCAGCAGCUGAAAGGAGGGAUAGCAGCCUACAAUAUGGGGGACGGAAAUGUCCAUUCCUAUGAUAACGUGGACGCCCACACAACCGGUGGAGAUUACUCCAAUGAUGUUGUUGCCAGAGCUCAGUGGUACAAAACCAAUAAAGGCUACUAAAACCUGAAGCUGCAGAAAUCUCCGCAAAAUCUCCUGCAAAUAAUCACUCUGUAAUGUGAGCUCGAUGUUAAAACACAAGCUAAAUAAACAUGAAGCAAAACCA